GUAAUCCUCCAAACAUUUCAAACCGUCACCUAGCUAGUACUCACAAAAAUAACUAUGUUUCUCUGUUGAAGGUUCCAUCAUCAUCAUCAUCUUAUAAUAAUGGAGUUGGAGAUGCAUACGGUCCUUGCUCAAUUGCUGAGACUAGCAUGGAUCGCUGGUACACUUCCCAUUCUCAUCGCUUCAAUCCCAAUUCCCAAACUCAACUUCUUCCAUACAAUAUUGUUGGGUUUUGCUAGAAGGGGAAAAAUCAUGCACUCAUCUUCCCAGAAAUUCACGCUCCCUCAGAGAUUCUUCUUGCACUUCUAUAUUGUUGCAUCAAUAUGGACAACGUUCUUGCUUGUUGCAACUUGGUGUUAUGCAUACACAGUGGUGCCACCGGUUAGGGAAUCAUCUGCAUACUCUACCAUUACAAGCUACUUGAUCGGAGGCUCAGCUCUGAGAACUGAUUCAACUACAAUGUUUCAGAGGCAUGCUGUUUGGCAAGCUGUUUUUCUUCUUUUGUUAAUGGAAGCUCAAGUGUUGAGACGCUUAUUUGAAACCAUAUAUGUAUUUAAAUAUAGCCCCUCUGCCCGCAUGCACAUCCUUGGUUAUCUCACUGGAAUGUUCUUCUACCUAGGAGCACCACUGUCGCUGUGUGCUGAUUGCGCCUUAGAUGUGUUUUACUUCCUAGUAAAUCUAGUCACCAAGUUCAUCGUCGUAGGCAAGGAUCAUAUGCCACCAGUGGAGGUAGAACUUUGGCAAGUUGUAAAUCCUCUCGUCAGGCUUGGAUGGAGGCAUUGGAUCGGCGCAGCUGUUUUUUUUUGGGGUUGGAUUCAUCAACAAAGAUGCCAUAAGAUUCUUGGUUCGCUUCGAGAUUCAAGACAUAUCUGUUUUCCUUAUGCUAUUAUGUGA